AUGGAGAUUUUUCCAGUUUACGUUCUUCAUAGUGGUGAAUGGGAAGAAAACAAGUUUAUCAAUUUCGUCAGCGAUUGUGUAAUAAUCGAGUCGAUGUUCACCUACAACAAUUUAGUUGCAGCUAUUUCGGAACAGAUUAGGAUCGAUAGUGAGUUAAACACAAUAGAUAUUAACUUUCUCCCAAAUGUUGGUUUGCCACCGAUCCUGAUUUACAACGAUACAGGUGUGAAGGUGUAUAUCGAAUUAAAGAAGAAAAACUUGAAUUUCACUGAAUAUCCUUUGUUUGUGACAGUGAAAGAGAUAUAUGAAAAUCGUUUGGUUCCUACAAGUUCUAGUUGUGUAGUUGCUACAAGUUCCAGCUGUUUGGUUGGUACAAGUUCAGAUUCUAGAGAUGUAUCAACAAUUGAUAGCACUGAGAUUAUUGAUAUCAAAUUUAUUGAAAACAUGAACUUUAGUGAAAACACGGGUAUAAUAGAUGAUAUACUGAACGAAUUUGUUGAGGAAGAUCAAGUUUAUAAGGAUAAAGAUACAGUUGUCGGUGUGAUGAAGAACUUGGCUGUACGUGAAAGGUUCCAAUUCAAGGUGAAGAGAUCAAGCGCAACAAGGUAUCACCUUAUGUGUAUGGAUGAAAAUUGUGCUUGGAGUUUCAAAUCUUCUGCCGUUUUCAAGGCAAACAUAUUCAAAGUGAGAAGUUACAAUAAUAAUCACACAUGCGGCUAUGGUAAAAGAUACUUAACACUACGUCAAGCUACUUCGGGUGUAAUUGCUAGUAUAGUCAAGGACAAGUAUGUUAAUCCAAAAAAAGUUUACACCGCAAAUGAUAUAAUAGAGGACAUACAAAAGCAACACGGAAUUGAGGCGAGCUACAUGAAAGCAUGGAGAGCUAAAGAGAUAGCAAUGGCAAUGAUAAGAGGGAGUCCUAGUGAUUCAUAUAAGGAGUUGCCGAAGUAUUUUUAUAUGUUAGAGCAAACAAAUCCAGGAACGGUUAUAAAGUUGCACAAAUCAGAAGAUGGAUGCUUUCUUUAUGCAUAUGUUUCGCUAUAUGCAUCUAUCAAGGGCUGGGAGCAUUGCAGACCGAUAAUGGUUGUUGAUGGAAGUUUCCUUAAAGCAGCAUAUCAGGGUACCAUAUUGACUGCUUGCACACAGGAUGGAGCUGGAAAAAUCCUUCCACUUGCAUAUGCAAUUGUAGAUUCAGAGAAUAACAAAUCUUGGGAGUGGUUCUUUGUCCAGAUAAAGGGUACUUUUGGAGUUAGGGAAGUUAUGUGUAUAGUUUCAGAUAGAAAUGAAAGCAUCUUCAAUGCCACAAAAGCUGUGUACCCAGAAGUACCACAUUGUAUUUACAUGUUUCACUUGUGGCAGAAUGUAAAGCGCACAUUCAAGAAACAUCACAAACAAUUGAAGGAUAUCUUCUUUGCUUUGGCUAGAGCUUACACGGUAGAGAAGUUUGAGUACCAUAUGACAGAGAUGUGCAAAAUUGAUCCGAGAGUGCAGCCUUACUUGUUCGGAAUUGGAUACGAAAGGUGGUCUAGGGCAUAUUCCAAAGUGAAAAGGUCGAUGGUAAUGACUUCCAAUAUUGCAGAGUCAAUUAAUGCAGCAAACAAGGAUGCUAGAGAGUUACCAGUAAUGCGAUUGCUAGAGUACAUGACAAAUUUGCUACAACAGUGGAACAACAAAAAUAUAAAAAGUGCAAUGGAGACAUCUACAGAGCUUGGCAAAAAGUACGACAAACUCCUUCGGGAAAAUCUGAUUGCAUCGGAGCAAAUGACGGUGAGACCUGCUACGGAGAAGUUAUAUACUGUGUUUGAAGGGGUAAGGCGAAACAUAGUGUGCCUUGAAGAGGGAACAUGCAGUUGUGGAAAAUUUCAAAUGGAUGAACUUUCAUGUCCACAUGCUUGGGCGGUCUUGAAGAACCAGCAGCUGAAACCUAGCCAGUAUUGCUCUUUUUACUACAAGAAGGAUAAACUCCUUAGAACUUAA